AUGUCUUUACAAGGAAAGAACUUUAAGCUCUCAAACGGAAACACAAUCCCAGCUGUUGGAUAUGGUGUUGGAACUAAAUGGUUCAAAUUUGGAAGAAAUGAAAUUGACGAUAACGUAGUCAAUGCAGUACAACUCGCAAUCGAAACUGGAGCACCACAUAUUGAUGGUGCCGAAGUGUACAAUACAAACAAAGAGAUUGGUCAAUCAUUGACCAAUAGUGGUGUAAAGAGAGAAGAUGUAUUUGUUACAGACAAGUAUUUCGCUGGCGAUGGGAGUUACCAAGCAAGAUCAACAAAUGCCAACCCUUAUGAAGCAUUGAAGGCAGAUUUAAAGGAUUUGAACGUUGAUUAUGUUGAUUUGUAUUUAAUUCAUGCUCCUUUCGUUAAGAAGGAGACACAUGGCUUCGAUUUAGCUGAGGCAUGGCAAUACCUUGAAAAAUUAGUGGAUGAUGGAUAUGCUAAAAAUAUCGGAGUAUCUAACUUCGCUAAGGAAGACCUUGAGGUUAUUUUGAAUAGUAAACCUAAGUACAAACCGGUGAUUAACCAGAUUGAGUACAAUGCAUACUUGCAGAAUCAAACACCAGGUAUUGUGGAAUUUUCUAAGUCUAAUGAUAUCUUGGUUACAGCUUAUUCACCAUUGGGCCCACUUUUGAAAGGUAAGCCAGGUCCUAUCGAUGACUACGUUAACAAAUUGGCUUCAAAGUAUGACAAGACUGAUAGUCAAAUUUUGCUUAGAAGUGUUUUGCAAAACGGUAUUUUACCAAUCACAACGUCUAGCAAGAAGGAGAGAAUCAAGGCCAGUUUGGAAAUUUUUGAUUUUGAAUUAACUAAGGAUGAGGUCAGCGAAAUCAACAAGCUCGGUGAACAGAAGACAUUAAGACAAUACUGGACUAAAGAAUAUUCCAAGUAUGAUUAG